AUGGAAAACUACACCUACAACAGCUACACACUCCAGAUAGAAGGCUUAAAUAUCACAAAGGAUUACAUUUACUCUUUCUUUUUCUUGUUAAUUUUCUACAUUGUUUCAGUUGUUAUGAAUAUUGGCAUUUCAGUUCUGAUUUUUAUUAACAAAAAACUUCACCAGCCUAUGUAUCUCAUAUUUUGCAACCUGUCACUCAGUGACAUAAUCGGGACUACUCAUAUUUUUCCCCGUUUGCUUGCAGAUAUUUUGCGGCCUCCUUCUGAGCGUCUCAUCAGUUAUUAUGCAUGUGUGGUCCAAGCUUUCAUUACACAGUUGUUUGGUGCCACUUCCCACACUGUGCUUAUGAUCGGGCUGACCAUACGGCUGAACCGAUGCAGGACUAUGAUCAUGAAUCCUUACUGUGACAAUGCCUCCUUGUUUAAACUCUCAUGUGAGAGUGUGUUCAUUAAUAAUGUCUAUGGCCUCACAUUUACUGUGGUCCUGUUCGUAGGUUCUAUAGGCAGCAUGGUUCUCACUUACACUAAGAUUGCAGUGGUUUGUCUGACCAGUAAAAACAAGUCUUUGAACAGUAAAGCCUUGCAGACCUGCAGCACUCACUUGGUUGUGUAUCUGAUCAUGUUGAUCAGUGGAUUUGUUGUAAUUAUUUUGCAUCGUUUUCCUCAGUACUCUGACUACAGAAAAUUUUCUGCUAUACUGUUUACAAUUGUCCCUGGCAGCCUCAACACCAUUAUUUAUGGUGUGCAGUCCAAAGAGAUCAGGAAAUCCUUAUAUGAAAUAUUUCAGUUCAAAAAAUGCUUGUCAUCGUGUAAGAAACUUUUGUUGACAACCGACUCAACUAAAUGUGUAUAA